AUGAUUAGUGAUUUCUUCUGCCCUAGGCUUGGGGGCGUUGAAAACCACAUACUAAACCUAAGCAAAGAACUGCGCAAAAUGGGGCACACGAUCAUAGUAAUAACGCAUUCUGGCUCUGGGCGCAAGGGCGUGCAGUACGUGGAUGGAUUCAAAGUGUACUAUUUGGAGAUGUUCUCCAUGUUCAGCGGGUCGGUUUUUCCCACGAUCCUGUGCACGGCAGCUCCCAUCGUGCAAAUACUGCUGUAUGAGUCUGUAGAUGUCGUGCACGGGCACCAGUGCAGCACGCUUGCCAUAGAGGGAGUCCUGCACAGUAGAAUUCUGGGGAUCCCCACGUGCUUUACAAACCACUCUCUUGUGAAGACCGAGUCUUUGGGUGGAAUAAUAACCGAAAGCACGUUUCAGUUGGGAGUCCGUGACAGCGACAAAAUCAUAUGCGUAUCCGGCGCAACAAAAGACAACACUGCAGACCGCCUGGGAAUACACGGGGAAAGCAUCGCAGUCAUCCCCAACGCAGUGACCGAGGACUUCAAGCCCAUCCCCUUGGAAGAGGGCACGCGCAAGAACGAAAUAGUUAUUUCUGUGGUGACCCGGCUAACGGCCAGAAAGGGGGCGAGGCUUCUGGCGGAUGCCCUCCCCCGAAUAUGCCGAAUUGAUCCGCGCAUUCGCAUUGUCAUAGCAGGAGACGGGGAAAAGAGGGAGCUUUUGGAGCAAACCGUUGACAGGCACAAGCUAAAGGACAAAGUAAGCUUCCUAGGGGGCGUAAACCCGUCUGAAGUAAAGAAUGUUCUGAACCGGUCAAACCUCUUCCUAAACACGUCAUUGACUGAAGCCUUCUGCAUCUCCAUCAUAGAGGCAGCUGCGUGCGGGCUUUACGUCGUCAGCACAGACGUAGACGGCAUCUCCGAAGUGCUUCCCAAGGACAUGAUCACGCUCGUGCCGCCAACUGUCGAUGGCAUUUUGGCAGGCAUACGAGCGUCUAUUCCCAAAAUAGAGCCGCACGACAGGGAAGUCUCCCACCGCAGAGUGCACUCGAUGUACAAGUGGUCGCUGGUUGCCAAAAGAACAAACGAGAUAUACUGCAGCAUAGCCAGAGAGCAGACUGCUCCCCUCGUCAGCAGGAUAAACCACUCCAUACGGCGCAUAUACAGCGCAGAAAAGGGCCGAUUUUGCAUUGUGUUUCUGCUGCUUCUUCUGGCUAACUACGCUGUAAUUUUGCUUUUAGCACUCUCUCAUGCGAAUAGAAAGCGCAAGCACAAAGCACCGUGA